UACAGUUUCAUAGAAACUAGAUGUUACCUAAAGAGUUUGUGUUUGAGCUCUACAGCCAGAGAGUUUUAACAUGUCUCGGAGCAGUACAGCAGGCCAAAGCCGAUACAGCACUCUGGAGAAACCCAGAAAGUCGGGAAACUAUGGCAGAUACAGCACUUCCAGACCUAGCAGCCAGAACAGCAACAGAGACGUGUUGUGUGACUUCUGUCUGGCUAGGAAGAAUAAAGCAGAGAAGUCAUGCCUGACAUGCUUGACAUCCCUGUGUGAAACUCAUCUUCAGGCUCAUUAUGAGUAUCCAGCUCUCAUGAAACACAAGCUGGUGGCUGCGACGGGGCAUCUCCAUGAGAAGAUCUGUGCAGAACAUGAUAAACUUUUCGAGGUUUUCUGCCGUUCCGACCAAGCGUGUGUUUGUGUUUUGUGCAUCAUGGAAGAACACAAAAAACAUGAUAUUGUUUCAGCUGCAGCCGAAAGGACUGAAAAGCAGAAAGAGCUUGGGGCCAAACUGAUGUCAUCACAGCAAAAAAUUGAGGAAAAAGUGAAGAAAUGGCAAAAUCUCAGACAGGCAGUGACAUCCUUAAAAAAAUCUUCUCAGAGUGUGUUGGAUGAAAAUGAGCGGAUUUUCGCUGAGCUGCUGCGUGCUCUAGAGAGGAGGUAUACAGACGUGAAGGAGAUGAUCCGAGCCCGGGAAACACUUCUAGUGUCACAUGCAGAGAGACACAAGGACAGACUGGAGGAGGAGAUUACACUGCUGAGGAAAAAACACAAUGAUCUGGAGCAGCUGUCCCACUCUGAUGACCACAUCCAUUUCUUACAGAGCUGGCAAUCUCUCUCUGCUUCUACUGGAUAUGAAGAUUUGUCCAAGGUGACACUUGCUCCAAACCACACUUUUGACAAUGCAAAGAAGGCCAUUGCUGAACUUAAAGCGCAACUGGAAGACAUAAGCAAAGAAGAACUGGGCAAAAUCUCUUCAGCAGUAAAGGAGGUUCAAAUUCUACAGACUGGGGAGCCACUUAAAAGGGAGGAGUUCCUAGAAAAUUUCUGCCAGCUUUCACUGGAUGCCACAACAGCUCACCCAAACCUGCACCUGUCUGAGAGAAACAGAGUGGUACAGAUGAGUAAUGACACAAUGUCGUAUCCCGAGCACCCUGAUCGCUUCGACAUCUGGCAGCAGGUUCUCUGUAAGGAAGGUCUGGCCGGUGGUCGCUACUACUGGGAAGUGGAUUGGACCGGCUCAGAAAUAGAUAUUGCUUUGACUUACAAGGGCAUUCCGAGGAAAGGGAAUAAUAAUGUUGGCAGCUUUGGAUGGAAUGACAUGUCGUGGAGUUUGUACUGCUCUGAAUCUAAGUUCUCAUUUGUACACAACAGCAAAAGCACAACUCUAUCUGUCCCCAAAUCCUCCAGGAUAGGAGUGUAUUUAGACUACGGGACUGGAACUGUGGCUUUUUAUAGUGUGAACGACAACAUGAAACUUCUUCACACGGUUCAUGUUAAGUUUACUGAGCCCGUCUAUCCUGGGUUUGGAAUAUGGGGAUAUGGAACUACUGUAAGACUGUAAAUAAAAGUCAGAAAAGGAUGUCAACAUACAUGCAUAAUCAUGUCAUUAUAUUAUUUCUCAUGUCCACCAAAUUCUAAAAUGUUUUAACUUUUAUUUUCAUGCAUGUACAGUACAUGUGGCAGAAUGAGUUUACAUGUAUACAGAUACAAAAUAACACACAUUUUAUGUGAUAAUAAAUUAUGCUUAAUUAAUAUAAUUAAUCUACAAAUACAUUUGACUGGUUUUGAUUUUCCUAACAAAGUCCAGAUGUUGAAAGUGCGUGCGAAAUCUCACCACUAGAUGGAGCAAUCCGUAACUUUUUUAAGGUUGAAGAUUUGUUCAAGCUUAAUAAAUUCAUAUAUUUAUAGAGUAACAUUUCACAAUAGUCAAUAUCUACAUUUGUUUUAUAUAUGUAGACUACAUGUGAUCUGUUUUGUUUGUCUUAUGCAUAACCCAUCUCCUUUUCACAUAUAUAUAUGUUUACAUAUAUGUUUGUAUAUAAUUUUUAUCAUUUGUCAGCACAACAUUGUCAGCCGAUUAAGUCAGAACAUCAAAAGAACAAAGACAUUGAUGAAGAAACACCCACAAACAUCAACAUUGAUUAGAUUUGCUAGUAUCUAUCCAGCAAUGGACUGACAUACAGACUCAGCAAUACUUAAACUGAGUAAGGGGGCUUGUCCUUAGUUUGGUUGUGGGGAAUUUAUAAUAGACUAAAUCAUGAAUUGUGUCUGUAUUCGGUAAAAGGCAUGGCACGAUAUGUGUAUUUUUCUGUCCAAGUGCAUUAUACAGUGUGCUUUUAAAAUAAUUUGAUAAAUUCAUGACAUUAUCACUUUAUUAAUAGAAACCUGU